AGUGAAGUCAAUUACUUUAAGAGUUCAAGUUAUAAAUUUACCAGAACUACACUUCAAAGUAACAGGUGAAUGAUAAUGCUUACAAGUAUUGAUAAGCAAGAAGACUAUACAGAUAGUGAAAACCCUCCAUUCCUAUUGCCAAGAUUACGGCAGCGAUUAAAAUAAGUGCAUCAUUCCUCAUCUCAAUCUGAAAUUGAGUGUUUUGCUUUUCUGGAUGCAAUUGAAUUUCUUAACCUAUUUUUCAGUUGGUUGGUAACUAAAAGGCAAUUGAAGACUGCAUUAAUUACAAGGGCGAUUAUAGAAAUAUUUAGUUGUAGGCAAACUAAAGUAUUUUCUAUAGAUGUUUCAUCAAAUACUGCAAGAAUUACUGCACUACUAAUACACUGUUCCAUAAUAUUUCUAGUAGAAUUAAAAGAAAAAUUGUUACAACUACUUGAUAUCAGAGACACAGUUGCAGCUAACAAAUUCUCAAUUUAAGGUAACUGAU